AUGAGCUUAGAAACUGAAGCUAGACUUCCAGUUAUAGAUUUCUCAAGCCAAGAGUUGAAGCCCGGCAGCCCUGAAUGGGACUCGGUGAAAGCACAAGUCCGAGAAGCUCUCGAGGAGCACGGGUAUUUCGAGGCUUCGUUCGACCGAGUCGCGGAGCUUCGAACACCCGUGUUCGGAGCCUUAGAAGAGCUCUUUGACCUGCCUCUGCAAAGAAAAAAGCUGUGUGUUCUGAGAAGCCAUUUCGUGGCUAUUAUGGGCCUACAGCACGACUGCAUGAGAGCAUGGCGGUUGAUGAACAUAUGGCCGGAAACAUUGAACAAUUUCACGAACGUGUUGUGGCCUCAAGGACACAGGGUUCAUAAAGUCGAGAGCGCCUUGGUUGGUGGAGAUACAACCUGUAAGACUCACAGACCAUUGGUGGUCGACGGAUUACUCGAUGAACGAUACUUCGAAGAUUUCUUUCAAAAGAGUUGA